AUGCUGCUAUCAGCUCUCGCGAAUCGAGCCGCAGUCGAGUCGAUUGUUGUUGGACGUGUGGCGCAGGGUCAAUGGCUCGCUGGAACCGGGCAAUUGACAGGUCGUUUUGUUGCCUCGUCGUCGUCUGAUGUGUUUCGCCAGGUUGCAAAAGUUUUGUGCGAGAUGAAGGGCACGGAGAAAAGCGGGUAUCGAUUCCGCCCAGACUGGGGUUGUGGACAGGCGCGCGAAUCGAUCGAGAACGAGAAACUAUGCAGCACAGCGACGAGAGGGAGUGAAGAAAAGGGGCGUCUGGGAAAAGGGACAAGACGGAUGUCGAAAUCCACACAGUUUGACGUAGAAAGAGGCAACAGAGGCGGAAAGGAAGGUGGACGUGAAGAUUCACCCCUUGGUUUGCUCUCGGCCUGGCUGCUUCCUGUUUUGGCGCCUUUUGAUUUGCUCUCUGGCCUAGACAAAGCCGAGCAAGAACGAGGACGCGCUGCAGCAGCAUCUCGCCAGAAGCCCGCUGAUUGGCGACAGUGUGGCAAGCGCGGUGGGGCCUUCUUCCAGUGUGUGUCCUACACAACAAGCCGCGUAUCGUCCACCCGCAUCGACGCCGCCAUGGACUCCUCGAUCGACUUCUCUGACCCUUCGCAUGCCCUGGACCUGGGCCGGAUCCGCGAACAGCUGAUCCGUCUUGAGGAUACCAUCACGUUCCACCUCAUCGAGCGUGCUCAGUUCCCGCUGAACAAGAGCAUCUACGAGCCCGGUGCCGUGCAGAUCCGCGACACGUCGCUGUCGUGGCCGGUCGGCCUGCUCUGUGGCAAGCGCCACAGGCAGUACUCGUUUAUGGACUGGUACCUGUCGCAGCAGGAGGCGCUGCAGUCGCGCAUCCGCCGCUUCGAGUCGCCCGACGAGAACCCCUUCUUCCCCGAGGCCGUCCAGAAGCCCAUCCUCAAGCCGCUCAACUACCCGCACGUCCUGCACCCCAAUGACGUGGUUGUCAACGACCGCAUCAAGACGUACUACGUCGAGACACUGCUGCCGGCCGUGUGCGCCGAUUUCGGCCAUGGCGACCGCGGCGAGACCCAGGAGAACUACGGCUCCUCGGCGACGUGCGACAUUGCCGUGCUGCAGGCGCUGUCGCGGCGCAUUCACUUUGGCAAGUUUGUGGCCGAGUCCAAGUUCCGGUCGGAGCGGGCCAAGUUCACGGCGUUGAUUGAGGCCGAGGACCGCGAGGGGCUGGGCGAGGCGAUUGUCAACAAGAAGGUCGAGCAGACCAUCCUGCAGCGGAUGCGCCGCAAGGUCGAGACGUUUGGCCAGGAGGUGUCGGCGGACGGCCCGGCCACGGCGGCGCCAUCGGCCAACAAGCUCAACGCCGAGGCGGUGGUCGCGCUGUACGAGGAGUUUGUGAUCCCGCUGACCAAGGACGUCGAGGUCGAGUACCUGAUGCAGCGCCUGCUGCCGCCGACACCGACGCCAUGGUACGCCUCCCUGCGCAAGUCGAGCGCGCCGGAAACACUGCUGUGGGCGGUGACUGUGGGCGGUGCUGCGGCGACUGCUGCUGCUGCUGCUCUGUGGUGGAUUCCCCGGAAGCAUUGA